AUGAUUCGGUGUUAUCUCCAGAAACAACAACAGUGGGACCAUCAUCUCCAACAGAUCGCGAGUGCUAUAAGAGCCACACAGCAUCGUCAGACUGGCUUUACCCCUAAUCUGAUGAUGCUAGGGAGAGAGGUCGAUCAGCCAAUUGAUCUGAUGCUGGGAACGGUAACAGAAGGCAAAAACAUCCAUACCACUUCAGACUAUGUCAGCGGAGUGAUUGAACAAGGCCAGAAAGCACAUAUGAUUACUCGGGAACAUCUGCGGGGAGCCCAAUUUCGACAAAAACGGGACUAUGACGUCAUGGCGCAUCAACGUCAUUAUGACAUUGGGGAUGUUGUAUUCAAGCUGGAUACUGCUACUAACGUUGGACGUAGCCCAAAGCUGCAGCAACCCUGGAACGGACCAUUCCUAGUGGUUGAAGUGAAGUCUCCUGUGUUGUAUAGAAUCAAAGGCAGGUAA